UUUCAAGAUGCAUGGACUGUGAUCAUUUCCUCUGCCAAGAAUGUCAAAAGGCACAUGGACGAAUGACUGCCAUGAAAUCUCACAAAAUCUACACACUGGCUGAACUUCGUUCAGGAGAGAUUGUCUACAAGAGUAAACUUAGAGAAGAAGUUCCCAAAUGUGACGAGCAUCCAGAUCAGAAUCUCAAUGUCUACUGCAACUCAUGUGAGCAAGUCAUAUGUACAACAUGCUCUGUACUUGAUCAUGAAAAACACUCACUCACUGGAUUACCUGAGGCAGUAGAGAAAUGUAAGAAGAAGGUCACAGAAAUGGUCCAAAACAGUGAGAGAAGAAAAACAGAAUUGAGCACCACCAUAGAAGAGAUGUUAAAAUCUCGCAAGGAUCUGGACACCAUGUUUGCCAACACUCAAAAGAAAAUCUCCAAAAAGGCUCAACAGGAGAUUACAAAGCUCAAACAGGAGGUUGCAAAGAUCAAAAAGGAAGAACAGAAAUUGUUGAAAGAGACAAACACGAUUUAUGAAGACAAACUCAAAGCUUUUGAAGCUGUUCAAGCAACCAACAGGAAAGAGGUGACACAGACAGAGCACAAGCUGGAGGAGGUGAACCAACUCAUGAAUCAAGCAAGUUGCAAGCGCAUGGACAACAUAGCCAUACACCAGUAUGGCAGAAAUAUAGAACCUAGUCUGUGA